AUGUGUAGAGAUAUGCGUGGAUGGUGUGCGGCAAUCACCAUAAAACCAAGGGGUCAUGUGAUGAUUGAUAACGUAGAGGAUGAAGUGCCUUAUCAGUCUGAUGAGAUGUUCCCUGUUCUUCCCACUGUUGAAAUUGAAUCAAUAUCUGGUUUGCGCGACGACUCACAAGUAGAUGUGUUUGAAGAGAUUUAUGAUACUUCACGUAGUGAAAUGACUAACAAAAAUGGAAGCGGGAGAGGAAAGAUAAAUUCAAAGAAUGCAAAAUCCAAGUUAUUAGCACCAGGAAAGCUUAAUGAUCAGCGGAAAACAAUGUUUCGUAAGUCUCCAUGGUUGGCUCCUAAUCCAUUGCCAGCUUCUACUCCAUCGAUGGCUUCUACACCAUCUAUAGCUCUAACUCCGAAUCCGACUCCUGCUCCAUCUCCGGCUCCAACUCCUUCUCUAUCUCCGGCUCCGACUCCAUUGUCAGCUCCUACUCCAUCGCCGACUCCUACUCCAUCUUCGGCUCAGACUCCAUCGCCAGCUCCGCCUGCACCUAUUCAUACCUCUACUUCUGAGGUAUUUAGGUUUAUGCCCACUCCAGGUCGAAACCUUCAAACUAUGGCUGGCCCUUCGCACCAUACCUCACAUGAGACUCCGAUAGAGGAAAAUAUGGAGGAAAGUGAUGACGAGGACGGGGAGGAGGUGGUAGGUGAAGGAAAUGUGGAGCACGAGGAUGAGUAUGAGUUGAUAAGAAGAGAUGAUAAUGGGAAGAUUAUUUUAGGGAUCUCCGGUAAAGCACUUGUUCCUGGCAAAGAAGUAGCAGGUGCAAUUAGUUAUGCGAUACAUGACGCGUUUUAUGGAAGUUAUUAUAAUUGGACUGAAGUCCCCGGUGAUGUUAGAAACCAAUGGUACGCCCUUUUUGCGGAUAAGGUAUCGUGGGAUCCUCGGGAUGAGGCAUUCGUCAGGAAAGCCUUUGAAUCAAAGGCAGCCGUUCGACUAAAUAGCAUCAUAAGGAAGGUGAGGUUAAAAGGGUACCGACCUUCGUGGAUUGGUGAGAAGGCUUGGGAUGGUCUUGAAGCUUAUUGGAAGAGUGAUGCGUUCUUGAAAUUGUCCACUCAAAACAAGGCCAAUCGAAAUUCAGCAAGAGGCGGAGCAGUCCACACUACAGGCCGCAAGGCUCAUGUUGAUGUAGCACUUGAGCUUUGCAAAGAACUUAAAAGGGAUGUGCGCCCGGAUGAGUUAUUCUUAAAGACCCAUAAGAGGAAAAAUGGAGAUUGGGUUGAUAAACGUGCUGAGUCUACUUAUACUGCAUUUAAAGAAAAAACUGGAGAUGCUGUCGAGACGUUAGAUGGAGGGACGAUUAAUGAGAUAUGGACAGAUUGUGCUGGGGGUCGUAGUCGUGGCCGGGUCUAUGGAGCAGCUGAUUUAGCUAUCAAUUUGAAGAAAGGAUCCACAGGCUUUGUCAAACCAGCUAAAAAUUCUCGUGGAUCUAUGUUUGGGACAUCCUUGGAAUCAGAGAGAGCAGCUAGAAUUAGAGCUGAACAAAUGGCUGAGGCUACAGCAGCUCGACUCCAAGAGGCAACUGAAGCUAUUCGAGUGUCAAAUGAGGCUGCUCGGAGGGCAGAAGAACAGGCUAAAAUGGCUACUGAGUUUGCUAAGAAGAUGGAGUCUGAGUUUGAUAAGAAGAUGGAACGUGAAAUGAAUGCAUUUAAGGCAUUUAUCAUGAAAACGUUUGGUACUACACAUGUUGAAUCCACUAGUCCCGUCAUUCCACCGUCAAAUCCUCACUAUGAUGAAGAUUUGGAUGACCAGAUUUUAGACGAACAUUGA